CGCGCCUGCGCGGAGCGGGCGGCUCGUACUGGACGGUAGGAUUCAAAUGAGUGGCGCGCUCGAGGGUGAGCGUGGAGGUCGGCGCUCGGCCCAGCUCCUCUCGGCAUGAACCCUAUCCAGAGUUUCCACUGUAAGCUGCGGGGUCUGGCCGCCGUGCUGGACGGCGAGACGGCCCGGCUGCUGCGAGCGCUGGACGGCGAGGACAGCGACUUAGAAGAUUCACCAAUGAGAAUUUUAUAUGACCUUCACACAGAAGUUCAGACUCUAAAGGAUGAUGUUAACACUCUUCUUGGUGAAGCAAGAUUGGAGAGUCAAGAAAGCACACAUUUCAUAAAGGCAACAAAAAUACUGAUGAAAAAAAAUUCAACAGACAUCAUGAAACUGAGAGAGUUUUUCCAGAAGUAUGGCUAUCAAGCACGUGACAAGGAAGAUUCAGCAUGUGAGCACAAAGUCAGCGACUCGGCCUCAGAGUUGGCUGUGUGUGAAGACGCUCAGAAGCCCGCUGCAGAGGACGAGCCGUCUGAUCCGUGUGUUCCGAGCACUUCUGUCUCUGAAAAGCCCCUACGCAGCCCACAGCUUUCAGACUUUGGACUGGAGCGGUACAUAGUCUCCCGAGUCCCACCAAACCCUCCCCAGACAGCUGACAGCCUUAAAGAAGAAUGCAUAUCGGAAACCCCUCCUGCCAGAGAAUCUUCUGUCACAGUGCUAAAGACUCCCAGGUGUGCUCUGAAGAUGGAUGAUUUUGAGUGUGUAACUCCUAAAUUAGAACACUUUGGUAUAUCUGAAUACACUAUGUGUUUAAAUGAAGAUUAUACCAUGGGACUUAGAAAUAUGAAGAACAUGAAAAGUUCCCCUCUGAAUAGUGCCAGUGGAGAGGCCGUAGGGACAGGGCCUGUGACCAGUGAGAAUUCUUUAGCCAUUCCUGGUUCCAUAAUCGAGCAGCUGGAAAAAACUGAUGCUGAAUAUACAAAUUCACCAUUGCCACCUAAAUUCUGCACUCCAGGUUUGAAAAUUCCGUCUACAGUGGACAGUGGAGCUUUGGUAUAUAAAAAUUAUCCAAAACCAAAUAGUUCAUCAAGUGAUUUGGAAGUGAAAGACUGUGAUCCAUUAAUUUUAAAUUCAGAUGAAUGCUAUGAGAAUUUUGCAGACCCCCCUUCUACAAUUACUUCCUGUGAAAAUAUCAGGACACCUUCUCCUCCAGCAGUUACUGCAAUUCCAGAAGACAUUCUCCAGAUGUUAACAAAGCACAACUCAAACCUAGCUACUCCAUUGGAAGUUAAAACAAUGCCAUCCAGGAAAGGCUUCCUCAAGUACGGGGGGCAGAGCAUCCGAGGUGCUGCCAACAAGGAAAACUGGUGACGCCACUGCAGGACGUGCCUGUGUUACCUGAGGCAUUUGAAAACUAGGGAAUUCUAGUGUGGAUACAUCCAAUAAAGAAGCUGGACAGCAACGGGAAAGUGAGCUGGACUUAAGUUUUCUCAAAUCUUCUAUUAGAAAAUUUAGCUGGUUAACACAGAGAGACCAGUGAGAUGGAAGGAGGGCUCACUGCUGUGUCUGCCUUCUUUUCUCCCAGUUUUCCAGUUUUAUUUCAUUCUUACAUUAAUGUUUCUGUUCCGCCACACUGUGUUGGCCUCUCUAGCUUGGCCACCCAGCAGAUCCGAACUUCAUUCUUUCUGGACACCUGAGCCGGGAGCCUUGGGAACAUCUUGAUUCUAGAACUAUCUAAUAUCCUUCUAGGCCCAAGAUCCUUCUGAUCCAAGAACAGCUAGAAAGUAGUUCUCUUAAGUUCCUGACAGUGCUUUUGGGAAGUUUUGCAAUGCAGCCAGUAGGGGAAUGAGGAGCUAGUGUUCUAGAGAGACCAGCUGAAAUUCUGAGAAGAAAUAAUUGGCAAAUACCAUAGGUACUUAAUGGGCUUAGGGAAUUUUCCUUUUUGGUUUUUUUUUUUUUCUAACCCCCAUGACAGGGUUUCUCUGUGUAGCCCUGGCCGUCCUGUGUCCCGGAACUCACUCUGUAGACCAGGCUGGCCUUGAACUCAGAGAUCCCUCUGCCUCAGCCUCCCAAGUGCUGCGAUUAAAGGAAUGUGCCACCACUGCCCAGCAGCUUUAGGAAAUUUUGUGUGGCAUAAGGAUUAUUCUAAUUAUGCACUGAAAAUGCAGUGGAAGAAUUCCAGGGUAAUCAAGAUGUUCCCAAGGCUCCUGACUCAGGGUAGGUAUUUGUAUAAAUUUGUUACAUAAUAAAAGGAUUUUCAGAGUAAAA